CGGUCGUGGUGGCGUCAUCAGCGUGCGCCGCACCCGGAAGAGACGUGGCAGCAAAAAGAGUAACAAGAGCCGCAGGAGGGGGUGAAGCGACGGCUCCCGGGCAGCCCCCCGGGAGACCAUGGGCCUCUGCAAGUGCCCCAAGAGGAAGGUGACCAAUCUGUUCUGCUUCGAGCACCGGGUCAACGUAUGCGAGCACUGCCUGGUGGCCAACCACGCCAAGUGCAUUGUACAGUCCUACCUGCAGUGGCUCCAGGACAGCGACUACAACCCCAACUGCCGGCUGUGCAACACCCUCCUGUCCACUCGGGAGACCACUCGCCUCGUCUGCUAUGAUCUGUUCCACUGGUCAUGCCUUAAUGAACGAGCUGCCCAGCUGCCUCGAAACACAGCCCCUGCUGGCUACCAGUGCCCCAGCUGCAGUGGCCCCAUUUUCCCCCCUGCCAACCUCGCGGGCCCUGUGGCAACUGCUUUGCGGGAGAAGCUAGCAACGGUCAACUGGGCCCGAGCCGGGCUAGGCCUUCCGCUGAUUGAUGAAGUGACCCCAGUCCCUGAGGCCCUGGAGACUUCUAGCUUCUCCGAUUGGUCCACCUUCAAUACAAGUAGCCCCUCAGGGCUGGAAGAACAAACCACGUCAUCGGUCACGCCAGCCUUCUACAGCACAUCCUCGAGGCCGCCUCCUUCCCCUGGCCGGCCGGAGCAGCACUCCAUAAUCCACAUGGGUGGCCCCGAGCCCCUGACAGCCUCUGCCCCUCGUAAAAUAUAUGAUACACGGGAGGGGGCUCGGGGCCCAGGCCCCCACGGGGACUGUGAUGACGACAAGUACCGACGGAGGCCUGCCCUGGGCUGGCUGGCCCAACUCCUCAGGAGCCGAGCGGGGUCCCGAAAACGGCCCUUGUCCAUGCUGCAGAGGGCAGGGCUGCUGCUUCUGUUGGGAGCCCUUGGUUUUCUGGCCCUCUUGGUCCUGAUGUCCCGCCUGGGCCGGGCUGCGGCUGAUAGCGACCCUAACUUAGACCCUCUCAUGAACCCUCACAUCCGCGUGGGCCCAGCCUGAGCCCCGUCCCUCCCUUCCUCACCUCUGGUAGGAAUCCCACGGAGCGGGGAGGAGACUUGUGGCCACUGUGGGGCAGGGCCUGCUGGCUCCCCGGCCCGCUCCUUCCCACUCCUGUCUCCUGAGACACUAAAGCCCCACUAAUACGAGGGGAUGAGGGCUGUUUGGCCGCUGCCACUGAGGUUCUGGGGCUCAUUUGGGGCUGAGUCCUGUCCCCUGACCUGCUUUUCCUCGGGAGUGGCCCCGGGGCACCAGUUCACAGCCACCUUUUCCCCUCCAAACUCCCUCUCCCUCAGGAAGAGCUGUGGUGUUGAAAAUAAAUGACAGACUUUAUUAAAGUUGA